AUGUCUGAGCGAAGGCCCAUCUCAUCCCAAACACCCUUCGACCUCUCCUUGGGAUUCGAAAAUACUCACGUCCUUGUGACUGGAGCUUGUGGCUUCAUAGGUCGCGCUGUAGUCAAUGCCUUCCUGGCCGCUGGCGCCGUGGUAACUGCCAGCGACUUAUCGUCCAGUCAUGACUUCGACACUUCUGAUCCAAGUGUCCACUUCGUCGCGGCAGACAUUUCAACGGAUAUCGACGAUGUCUUUCUAAAAGCUGAAGCAAGAUUUGGUCCCGUGGAAACCGUGGUUGCGCUUGCGAGUUACGAUGCGAGCGUACUGAAGUGGACGGAAAGCAUUUGUGAUGCGGACCCCGAAGAGUUCCAGAGAGUUAUGGAUGUCAACGUAAAGGGGACCUUUCUGACGGUGCGAAGGUGGCUCCGAGGCAUUCGUGCGGCGACUGAGUCCAAGGAGACAAGAGAUAGCCUCAAAAAUGUGAGCUUGGUCAUAGUCGGUAGCGAGGCUGGAAUCUAUAGCACGAGAGCGCAGGCUGCCUAUGCAACAGGCAAAUCUGCUGUUCAAGUCGGCUUGAUGAAGUCUGUCGUGCAGGAUUGUCCCAGGAUCUUUCCACGGGCUAGAAUCAAUGCCAUCGCUCCUGGGCCUGUCGAUACACCAAGAUUGCAGGAGAUAUCCCGUGAGUAUGGCAGUCAAUGGCGAUACGCACUGAGCGAGGCGACCUACGCGCUGCCAGGACUCGUGAGCUGCGAAGAUUGUGCAAGACAGAUCUUGGUCACUUGCUCGGAACGGUUCAGUGCAUCUGUUCAUGGACAAUUGCUGUCUGUUGACCGUGGCAAGAGCGGGAGCAUGAUCUGGUCGAAGCAGGAGGCCGAUGCCUUUUUGCGGCCAGCAGAUGUUUCUGGAAGGUAG